AUGAAAUUGGGAAGCUCCCGAAUGGAAUGUGAUGUGGACAAAUUGACAAAGCUCAUGGAGUCGGUAAAGUGCACGGAACUGCUGGUCGACUGGAGAUUCCACGUGCCAGAGAACUUUUUCGAGCAAUUACACAUGGGAAAGGUUGGCGCAUUGCCUCUUUUUUCGGCAAUUGAGGUUUCAGCUGAAUUCUCUGACCGUCGGCGGCCAGGAAUCUCGUCAUUUCUAUCGCUCACUUUCCGGUGAUCAGUUCCGAAAAUUCCGAGGAAACUUUCUGGAACUAGGGGCGAAUCAGCUGACUGCUCAAGAUUUCGCUAUCUUUCUCCAAGUAUAAACUUUUGAAAGUCACACUUAUCAUCGUACUCUUUCUUUUCAGAGCUGGAAGUCUCGAUCUGGAUCUGAAGCCCUUCCCUUUAUAAGUCAGUACAACAUUGUCAUCAACUGCCCGCUUCCGGAACUGCUCUCACUUCUAAAGAACACGACUAUUCAGAAGGCCCCAACCGAAUGGAUAGUGAAAAGAAAUUCAGAUUCAGAAUGCGAUGAGGUCGGAGAGCAAGAAGAACUGGAGAUUACUCUCCACAAAACGACAAACUUCUCAAAGCGCCCUUCGAUUGUUAUCAGGCAGCUCAGAAAUUUAGCGGAUUUCUAUUUCUAA